AUGCCGAAGAACUCAAAGCAGUCGGCGAAAGAACCGGCGAAAGUCACACCGGAACCGGAGUUGCCCCCAACCGAAGAGCAAACCGAAGCCGCACGGCUCGAAGAGGAACAAAGGCGGCUACGGGAAAGGGCGGCACAAAAUCAGAAGCAAUACAACCAGCGGCGCGUGUUGCUGGUGGAAAGUUUGAAAUUUUUCAAAAGGCUCAGGAGAAAUGCCACCGAACAGCGACGGCAGCAGGCGAGUCGAAAAGAAUGGUCCGACUUCUUGGCCUGCCAACUCAACCCCAAUCCGGGCCGUGCGCCAGAACUUCGCGAACGGUUGUACCAGUGGCGGUACGAGCAGCAGGAGCUGGAACGGAACUCGGUCAGCUGGACGUUGGCAGCGGAUGAGCGUAGCCGACUGACGCAGAACCGAGGUCAAGCGGAAGGGAAAACGCGCCAAGAUCUGAAGCUGCUGUACCGGAACAUCGGCGCGAUUUAUGUGCCAAGGAUUCGGGAGGCGGUCGCGGUGCUGGAAUCGAUCGAGCGAUACGCCCGAACUGGCCACACCGUACCGCCGGAGGUACUGCUGGCGAGGGACGAAAUCCGGAAGUUCAUUAGCGAUUCACUGGACAGGAUGACCUUUCGGAUUGGUAGCAACAUCGGUCGGGAUAUGGAGACGCUGAAUCCAGUGAUGGGCGAGUUUUGCUACGCGGGUGACAUUGUGGCCGUGUACCUUUGGAGUUUUCGCCACGUGCCCCUGCCGUCGGAUUAUAAUCUUCUUAUGAAAGUUAUCAGCAUGAAACCGCUCGGUCUAACCUUACACCGACCACCGAGGUUCGAUUUAAAGGGCGCACUUAUCCGGGGUCUCUGGCACGAGUUCGAUCACUACAGUGGCGCCGAUCCAACGCACGCGCUGCGGCUAGCGGAGAAGCCCACGGGUACCGAUCUCAGCAUCGAGCAAGAACUGGAGUGGAAAGAGCGGCAGGAUAUCAGGCGGAAACGGCUGACAGCUUUACGCCAGCUGCGAGAUGAUUACGAAGCCGAGCAGCGCCGCAAAGAAACCGAAGCGGAAGUGCUGGCAGCGGGAAAGCAAAAGGCCUCCGGUCCUGCCGCGCAGAAGACGAAGAAGGAGACGACCGGUCGGCGCCCCGGGAGCAAAAAACCUCACCUCACCGUGCAGGAACCGUCCACGCCGUCGGUUCCGCUGGUGAUUACGGAUGAGACCGAGGUUGACAUUGACGACGAGUUCGAGCAACGGCAGAGGGAUCUGGUUUGGGACAGUUUGGUGCGUAUCGGUCCCACCUCGCUCCCGCUCAAGGAAGGUUACAUGAACCUGCGCGAGUAUGCCAUCGUCGGAGGCGUUUACAAGCUGGCACGCUUCGCCAAGCUGCCACAACCGGUGGAACCACGACCGGGGUUCCUCUUCACCUCGAGUCGCGUCGCUUUGAAGCUCACAAACCGGGGCUACCGAGCAAGAUCCACCCGUGGUGGUGAGGAGUUGAUUAAAAUUCAACUACAACUCCCGGCCAGCUGCUUCUGGUGGGAAGAACCGCGCGUUUGUUGGUGGGAACGGCAUCCUCCGGCCGUUCGCAAGCGCCACAAGGCGCGCAACUCGUCACUACAGCCUGCGGCCAACCGAGAGCGACCUCGACGACGACGACGACGCCCAGCCAAAGCACCAAAGAUUGUUCGAGAUUUCCCACUCCAGGACCGUCCACGAGUUGGGCUUCAUUUUCUCAUACGCGACCACAUUCUGCCACGACUACCGGAUGGAUAUCGAUGCCGGGCGGAGUUGAAGCAAUUGUACACCAUUUUGCGGGACCGCACCCUCCAUCGAGAGGCUCUCGAUCGUGAGCGCGAUGCACGAGAUGAGCUAGUGGCAGCGUACGAUCGAUUCCUUGCCGUGCACCGUUACGGUGAGCUGGCAUCGUCCUCUGCACCACCCAUCGCGGAAAUGCGCCACCCCGUGGAGGCGGACAUCACGAUCGGAAAGCGUCGCUCGCGGUGGACGGGACUGGGAAUGGGCCUGGGCGUUCGUGUAAGUGGAACGGCGAAGGAAAUGGAUGAAAAAUUGGACCAAUUUCCAUUGGUGCACCCGACGCGACCACGCUAUCUACAUCCUACCGCCCUUUGCCCCCAGCUCCCCCAAGUGGCCACCGAUGGCACCGCUCCCGGCGUGGAUGCUGAGCGGAGUAUGGGGGAGUUGGUGCGAACGCUUCAAGCCGCCAACACCAUGGAUGACGAAGAGCUGGAAGAGAGGUUGUGUGUCCACUUUACCACCUUUCUCCGCCUACUCGACUAUUUGCGCGACCAGGGAAAACCAAUUUUCCCGGUACCACGGGCCACACCAGCGAAAGUGGAACUGGAACCAGUUCGUGCUUCAGUCGCGGGCAAAGAGAAGCAGGCGAAGCGACAAACGGUGACGCGAGUGUUCAAACAUCGCAAUAUGGUCGUCGUGCAGAUGCCCGGUCGGCGGCCAUCGAGGAAAGCGUUUGCUCCGGCGGCGGCGGUGGGGCGGAGAGCGAGUUCACUACUGCACCUCAGCUCCACCAUCAAGGGUCGUUCGUCGAUGAAGAAAAAGAAGCAACGAAAACGCAGCAAAUCCCAAAGUGGCCCCACGACUACCGUGAAGCAGAAUAAGAAGCAAAAGAAAAAGAAUCAAAAGAAAAAGAAGCAGAUAAAGAAGCAGAAAAGGAAGGAAAAGGAUUCUGUCUUGAUUGAGCGCGAACGGGGUCGAUGGUCAAGCAAACCAAUCGCAAGGCAAUCGUACGACCCCGACCAACGGAUCGUGACAUUCUGGACCGAUCGGCUCGGUGUUUAUGGGUUGGCCGUUCGCCGAUACUCCCAGCUACCGUUCCAGCACUGGACGGUGCGUCGAGCGGACCGAACAACGGAACACGCCGCGACGAUUACACUCAAGACAGCGACCGGGCUGGAAGCCGUUUUCCACAUCACUCCCGAGGGCUAUCGGCUGGAGAUCGUACCGGAGAGCAUCGAGAGGACGCCGGCGAACGCACCACUUGCGAUCGCUCGUCCCGACCACGACCUAACGCUGGAUGAGCUGGAGAAGCUGUUGGUGAAACUGAAUUUGCAUCUCUUCCCACAGCCAGACACCUGCUUUUACGCGAAUGGUGCGAUGGCGCUCAAGCACGACGCUAUGGAGAUGCAUAAUUUGCAGUGUUUGGCCGUGUUCUGCUUGACUCACCAGUUCGAGUGGUGCCUGUGGAACCGGUAUGCCGAUCGGCGCACCGCACUCGUCCAAUACCGGCCGCUAAUUGAAGGGCACGCGGAACCGGAACUGGCAACCAUCAAGAUAACGCCACUGGGUGCGCUGACGGUCGUGGUGGAGGAACUCUGUUCGCCUACGCUCGAGCAGAUCCUGUUGGCGUACCAUCCCGUUCCGGUGGACCAAAGCUACAACGCCGACUGCUACGGAUUGCUGAAGGGUUCGCUAGAAGAGCCCUCGCGGAAGGUUCUCUCCAAAACGCCACCUCUGCUCCAGUGGCACGUUGGGCAGCUGUUGCAGAAGCUACGUCUACUCAGCUACUCCUGA